CCUUGUACAAUUUAAGCCGAUACAGCUGACACCUGUAAAAAAGUGUGGUUAAGUUAGUAGAACCUGGGGAGAAACGAAAGCCAAUAUUUGUUUAUAAUUUUUCCAAAUAAAUAAAUGGUAAUUAAAUAAACAUAAUCAUGUAUCACCCGGACCUACCAGGCAUAUUUGACGACGUAAAAGUAGAAUUGGAAAAAUACGUGUUGUGCCCGGAAAAUCUCCCCAUUCAUAAGUAUGAAAAAAACCAGCAGUUUUGGCCCCGAGAGGCUGAAAUAUUAGAACUGCUGCAUUUUGAUGAGGCUCCCGUAUCGACCACCCUAAGAGUGCAAAGAGACUUGGAUACAGGUGAAAUAGUGGAGUUCCGAGAAGUUUCUAUUGAGUCAGUCGGGGCAGAUGCCUCAAAUUCAAUGUCAUUUACUAGGGCACCUGCACCUCCUUCUGAAAUGGUUAGGGGCAGUACUUCUUAUGUCCCCUUUCAGCCUGGCAGUUUUCCUGAACCAGUGCUAGACUUGCCUAAGAGGAAUACUUUAUUAGAUACCACUGAAUUGCUUACGGUUCCUCCUGGUUUUGAAAGAGGACUAAUUUUUGCUGGAGACGGUUAUACUUUGUUAGAAGAUGACGGAAAGAAAAGCUCAUUGGGGCUGGAGGAGCCUAAAAGCAAAAUAAACCUUUUAGAACUUAUUGAAAAAGAGCAAGAUUUCCUUGGCGAAUGGGAAAUUGAGAAAAAGUCUCUUGCAAAUAAAGAACUUAAAGAGGAUACUGAACUUUUACCUGAAGAGGAAGAAAUUCUACCGAAAGAGCCUAGAAUUUUAAAUCUGUCAUCUUUACCACCCACAAGUCUGUCGAAUACUAGUGAAUGGGCAGUGUUGCUCGACCCCAACCAGCCCGUCACAGAUUUUGAAAAGAAAAUUCCAGAUAUGGCCAAAAAGUUCCCUUUCGAGUUGGACAAUUUUCAAAAACUGGCCAUUUUACAACUGGAGAAACAUAAUCACGUGUUUGUGGCGGCCCACACAUCUGCCGGAAAAACUGCUGUGGCCGAGUACGCUAUAGCUUUAUCACAAAAACAUAUGACUCGCACCAUAUAUACUUCACCUAUUAAGGCCUUAUCCAACCAAAAGUAUCGAGAUUUCAAGGAUGAGUUUAAGGACGUCGGGCUGAUCACUGGUGAUUUCCAAAUAAACCAGAAGGCCUCCUGUCUUAUAAUGACCACGGAAAUAUUGAGAUCUAUGUUAUACUGCGGUAGUGACAUCACCAGGGAUAUAGAGUAUGUCAUUUUUGAUGAGGUACAUUACAUCAACGAUAGAGAAAGGGGUCACGUAUGGGAACAGGUGCUCAUAAUGCUCCCCAAGGAGGUCUGUGUGGUCCUAUUGAGUGCCACAGUACCAAACACCAUCGAAUUCGCCGACUGGCUGGGCAGGACCCAUAAAAGGAAAGUUUACGUGAUAACCACCACGAAAAGACCGGUGCCUCUACAGCAUUUCCUUUAUACCGGCCGUUGGGGUGGCAGCAGACACAACAAAUUUAUGGUUCUAGAUGCUGAAAAGUGGCUCACCGAAGGUUAUCAUAAGGCCAAGGCCGCCCUGGAGCCCCUUAAAGACCAGAACACGAAAUUCAUGAUCAAACAGGAGAAAACGUUAUGGAGCAGCCUGGUGGAUCAUCUGCAAAAGUUCGAGCUGUUGCCGGUGGUCGCUUUCAUAUUUUCGCGACAGAAAUGCGACAAUAACGCCGACAUCUUGACCAACUUGGACCUGACGUCGCAACAAGAAAAGUCCCAGAUCGUGGUGUUUUUCAAUAAGUGUAUCAGGUCCUUAAAAGAACCGGAUAGGAACAUACCGCAGAUAGUAAAAAUGAAGAACAUUUUAACCAGGGGCAUCGGGGUACAUCACAGCGGGGUGCUGCCUAUAGUAAAGGAAAUCGUGGAGAUGCUUUUCCAGAAAGGACUCAUUAAGAUCCUUUUUGCCACAGAAACUUUCGCCAUGGGGGUCAAUAUGCCCGCCAGAACCGUCAUCUUCGACUCCAUUAGGAAACACGACGGAAUGGAACUGAGAAACUUACUGCCCGCGGAAUAUAUUCAAAUGGCUGGUAGGGCAGGUAGACGUGGUAAAGACGAGCGCGGAACUGUACUAAUCCUGUGCAAAACGUCCGUGCCCCGUGAGGCAGAAUUGAAAGACAUGAUGACCGGAAGACCCAAUAAACUCGUGAGCCAAUUCAGGAUCACUUAUGGAAUGGUUCUGAGUUUGUUGAGGGUCGAAUCUUUAACGGUGGAGCAAAUGCUGUCCAAAAGUUUCGGAGAGGCGGAUCAUCCGAGCCACGUGGCCAACUGGGAGUCGGAUUUAAAGGAAACCGAGAGACAAUUGGAGGAGCUGACCAAACAGCAGCUGAGCAGCUACUUGCAACCGCUGGUGCAGUUUUUCGAGUGUGCCAGCGCUUAUUUGAGCAUCAGGAAGGAAAUUAUGCCCCAAGUAUUAAACUACCCCAAGGUACAAAAGUUAUUAACCUCAGGGGCCGUCAUACUAAUAAACCACCAGUACCACAUAAACAAACUGGCACUGAUCCUGUCCAAGAAGACGUCCGGCUAUAGGGUACUCAUUCUAACCGACUCAAAAGAACCCGAGACAAACAAAGUAGAUCUGUGGUACCAAAUGUUGGCGCUGGCACAAGAAAAACUGUUCAUGCCCUCAGGCAAACUGGGCCAUCAAGUUUUAACGAUUCCCCCGUCGGACAUUUACGAAAUCACCUCGAAAACGAUAAAAAUCGACGCGAAACUGGUGGAGUCCGAUUGGGAAAAGAGGCAACAGGAGAGGUUCAAAUAUGAUCCACCUGGGAAAACGUGCUCCCAAGCGAUACAAGAACUAGAAAAACUCACCCUCCAAGCCAACGAGAACCAACAGAAAUUAGAAUUCCAACAUUUCAUCAUCGAUCUGAAGGUUAACGAGCAGAGUUUGUAUCACUCCUUGGAAACUAUGUAUCGUUUUAAGGAUAAACUGAUCGAUCACUUGCCCUGCACCAAAAUCCCGAAUUUUGAACAACAGUUUGCCACAGUGUUCGAGAGGAAAUUCCUCGAAGAAAAAAAGAAAGAUUUGGAAUUUAAGCUUUCAGGGGCCAGUUUAAUGCUGUACCCGGAUUAUCAAAACCGCAUUAUGUUACUGAGGCAAUUGGGGUACGUGGACUCGCAAAAUACAGUGAAACUAAAAGGCAACGUGGCGAGGGCGAUGGGCAUGAACGAACUGCUGAUCACAGAACUCGUAGUGGACGACAUCUUCGUCGAUCUCACUCCGGCAGAGGUGGCGGCCCUCUUGUCCUCGCUAGUUUUCCGGGUAAAACUCCGGGGGGACCAGAACUCUUACGAGGAAGAACUCACCCCUAGAUUAAAAGAAGGAAUCCGAGUAAUAAACCAGGUGCACCAUAAAAUAGCCAACAUGGAACUAGAACUGGGCAUCCAAACCGAGGAGUUCAUGAACGACCUAAACUUCGGGCUGGUUCAUGUGGUUUAUCGUUGGGCAAAUGCCGAGCCUUUUGUGGAAAUAAUGAAACUGACCGAUAUUCAGGAGGGGAUCAUCGUACGUUGCAUACAGCAACUGAACGAGACAAUUAUGGACGUGAGAGACGCAGCGAAAAUUAUAGGGAAUCCCGCGUUACAAACGAAAAUGGAGGCGGCCUCUAAUGCCAUUAAAAGGGACAUCGUCUUCGCUGAAAGUUUGUAUAUGCAGGAAGAGAAGUUAGUGUAACUGGAUCGGUUGUGAUUGGUGUAAAGGGAAUGUGUCUUUUUUGGUAUGCAAGUCACUCUGUAGCAAAAACUUGCUAAUUCUGUCUGUCGUUAUGUGAAAAUAAGACAAAAUUUAAGAAGAGAUUUUAUUACAUAAGAUAUAAGACCUUUUAAUGUUCUAUUGAUUUUAUUUAAAAAUAAUUUUAACGAUAUAGUCGAUACAAUCAACAAUAAUAAGAAGAAAAUAUUGUAACGAUUAGCACCGAUAAUUGUUUUUAUGGCAGUUUAUAAUUAUAAAAAAAUAUGUCUAAAAAAUAAGUCAGGAACCCGUUACAAGAUCUAUGUUACCCAAUAAAGGUGGCGCGAUCACCUAAAAGUGACCACGGUGCUGCCGAUCGAAUGUGGCGACUGUACGUGGUUCAAAGCGACCUCGAUAUCUUUGGGGUGGUAAACUUUUUCCACAACAGUCUGUAGGACCCCGUCCUCCACCAUUUCGGUUAAUCGGUCGAGGGUGGCGUGACACAGGUGGGCCUCGUCAAAGGUGUCACUUGGCAAACCCAAAGUGUUCUGUAAAAAAAUGUACGUUUCUUUUAAAAUUUAAUUACAGAGUAUUUGUUCAAAAUACUAAAUGCCAUUAGGUUAAAUGAACUGUUCAAGAUAUUUAACUAGUGAAGUGUUAGCGAAUGUGCCAAGCAAAAAUUCAAGUAGUUCAUUUAGACCAUUUUCCUCGAGCAUUCACCAUUAAAAAAAAAAAGAAUUUUCGAGAAACAAUGCAGGACUUGGAACAACUAUUAAGUAAAAAUUUCAGGUAUUAUGUGAGUUUAUCACCCAUAUAUUGUUUUCUCAAUUUCUUUAGUUUUGUUUGCAUGGUGGUUUUGGUAUGUAAUGUCAAAAUCUAGCAGUAUAGAUUCAAUAAACUGAACUCGUCUAUUUAUUAUUAA